AUGAACAUAACUCGACUUUGCAGGCAAGAUCAUGGCCACGAAAAUGUUGGUCAAUCUGAGUUUGGUAACAGAUCAGAAAUUCACCCAUUAAUCAACCAGAAACAACAAUUGCUUCUUCUUGAUGCUUCAGCCCAUAUCAGCCAGAAUUCGGUGGGCAAAUUGUGCUUUAAGCACAAUAAAACUGAAAUAGAAGUUGACUAUAGCUUCUUUAAUCCUAAUCUCAUCAGGCAUGAAAUAUUUGGGGAAAUUCCUAUGGCUCAUGAUGAUUUUACAAAUCCAUUUAAAGAGAAAAUAUUUUCUCCAAUCUUUGCAACUGAGACUCCACAAGUCCAAAGAGCAACACACAAACCUUCAGUCCGAGUUGACAUUCAUAGACGAAAGAUGCUCAGGACUAUCAAAAGAUUUUAUUACGAAUUCUUCAAGCUGCAUAACCUCAGAUUAUUCAAUAGAAGACUUAAAAGAGUCGAGUCUUCUGUGAUCCUCAGUUCGCUCUCAAAAUUCUGUGAAGUUUAUGUUAGCCAGGCUUAUGCAGAACAAAUGGCUCAGUUUAUGUUCAGAUUUCUCAAACUCAACUGAGCUGAUAAUUUUGUGUCUGAUUCUGAAGCUUCGAUGGCUGGCCAGAAAGUGUAUGACUGCACUUACAACUACAGCAUCAACAAGUUCGACUCUUUGUUUGAGUCAGAGCACUUCAGGAUACUCAUACUAUCGUAUUCUGAGCUGCAGCAGUUAAGAGCAUCAAACCUCCAAGAAAUGGAGUCUCAGCGAAAAUGGAUAAACCAAGUGUAUGCAGGAGACGGAGAAUUCAGCAGAAUCAUCUCUCGAUACUUACAUAUGAGUCCAGAGAGUAAGACAGCUGAGCAUUUGAUGAAAACACGAUAUCAAUGUGAAGCUUACUAA